AUGGGCAGAGAUGAGGGAGUAAAUCUGGAAUUUGUCGGCAAAUUCAUUGGAUGGCUCCUUUAUACAAUCUGGCUGGGGUUCUAUAACACGUUUGUUCCGUAUUCGUGGAAAACGAAGAAGAGAUUGACAUCGAAAGUAAGCGGUUUUGAGCAUAUUAACAAGGGGAACGGUCCACUUUCGCCCCUCAUAAAUGUCAGAUUUUUAUGAAACUCGGCAUAAAUUUUCAAUAACUUCUUCGAAGAGCUAUGUGAGGUUCUUCAUCCCGAGGAAAUAGCCGAUCUUCGCUGUCAAAAAAAACAUCAAAAUUUCACAUUUUUUUCGGGUUUACUAAUAAAUUUUUUUGGCCUUUUUUUGUCAGUCUGGCGGGAAAAUAAUGAGCACAAUAUCACUCCGCCAACUUCGUGACUGAAUUGAAAAGGAAGUUGCCUUUGGAGCUAUACAAUUCAUUCUCCCAGCAGCGAUGCAAUUUUCAAUGCGACAUUGUACCAAUAUUUUCCCGACGGACUGCUUUAUGUAUGUGUAGAAGAGAGCGACGGUUUUGCAAAAGAACAUGCUUUUCAGCGGAAAGUGGCGUGAACCACUUUCAGAAAGCUCUCUUUUCUCUUCUCGCUCUCUUUAUUUUGAAGACUAUCUCGCCUUCGUAGAAUUUUUUGGUUUCUCCUGCAAACCAUGAGAUAAAAUUUUGGGCAAUUGAUAUAUGCCCCAUGCAAAAUUAACGAAAUUCCGGAGUCUGCACUUGUGACACUUUCUAUAUGAUUUCUUUCUUACCGCUAACAAAUAUUUUCUCUAUACAGAUACUUUUCAGAAAGUACUAAUUACUGGCGGUGCCAGUGGAAUCGGCGCUGCUUGUGCCAAGCUUCUGGUGGAGGAAGGCUGUCAAGUCGCAAUAUGGGAUAUUCACGAGGAAAAUCUCGCCAAUAUUCACCGUGAGCUCGAGAAAACUGGAUACACUGUAAGUUAUAUGUUAGUGCGAAUUCAUUUUUGCCAUCCUUUCAGAUCUACACACAAAAAGUUGAUCUUUCGAAUGAAUCGGAGAUCCUCAAAGCUUGUGAUGACUUGAAAGAGCGCUUCGGAGACGUCGACAUUCUCUUCAACAACGCCGGGCUUGGCAAUGCGUCGAGUUUCCUCCAGAGCAACACCGAGACAAUGAAAUACAUUUUCGAUGUGAAUAUUUUUGCUCACAUGCAUGUAAGUUGGAAUUUUCGACGAAUUCUCUGGAAAAUUUUUGAGUGUUUUGAUAUAAUCGUUUGCAGAUUGUCAGACAACUUUUGCCAAGGAUGAUAGAAAAGGGCGAAGGGCAUAUUGUGGCUACAAGCUCGUUCGGAGGGAUCUGUGCACUCGGAGGUAGGCGGUUUUGAUUUUUAGGACUCUCAAAGCCUUUAACUUCUUCUGCGUCGAGCGGCUGCAUGAUGAAAGAAGAGCGGCAAGAGAAAAUUUUAUGGCCAUAAUCUCAAAAAUUUAAAUUUAUGCCAAGUGUCAUGAAAAUCAAGGCAUCCCACUUGGCAUACACAAUAGUGGAGGACCUGAUCCAGUGGCAAAAAAGCAUACCAUUUUGCAUACCGGAAGUGUCAAAAAUGUGGCAAAAUACCUCCAUUUCCACGUGAAACACUCGGAUUUCAAAGGCGAGCCCGCUUUUUUUGCGAGAGAAAAGACGCGCUCUUCAAAACGGAGUUUUUCGCUCGAAAAAGAAGGUAUUUUGCUGCAUUUUCGAUACUUCCCGGAUGCGAAAUUUUACGUUCUUUGCCAGUGGAUUCUGUCCUCUACUGUACAUAUUUGCUGUACAAAUUCAGAGCGAAUUAAUCACCUCUUUUCAGAGUUCGUUGACUACUCUACCACAAAAUUUGCGGUCAGAGGAUUCAUGGAAGCUCUCAAUAAUCAACUGGAACUUCAAGGGGUAUCUGGGAUUGAGUUUACCACAGUGUUCCCGGGGUAUGUUCGAACGCCCAUCUGGAAGGAGUUCAAUCCCGGAAAACAGUACAUCCCGGUGAUCGACGCGGACGAAAUGGCCGAGGAAAUAGUCCGGGGGAUAAAACUGAACCAAAAAGAAGUCAUUUAUCCAAAAAGGCUUACUUGGAUCAUGAUUGCUAAAGCGUAA